AUGGAAUUGGAAAACAUAGAAGCUGAAAAUAUGGAAGCAGAAAAUUUGGAAGCAAAAGGCAUGGAAGCUAAAAAUAUGAAAAUUAAGACAAUGUCUUCUGUCUCAGACCUGCGAGCACCCAGUCUACUAUAUCCUGAGGAAGAGGAUGAUUUGGAUGCUGGACAGGAACAAUUCUCAUCUGCUAUUGGAGCCAUGAGCCCUGGGAAUAUUGGGCCACCUAAAGCCAAAGAACCCAAAGGUAACCAUCCUAAACCUAGUGGUAAUGAAAGUGAGAAUAUCUGGAAUCCAGACGAUGUUCCAGAAGGAGCAGAGCAUGAUGAUAUAUGGGAUGUUCGAGAAAUCCAGAGUAAUUAUGAGAUUGUAUUCCAACAAACUGUGGGAACUGAGGUAUACCUUGGACUAACAAGAAAGGAUCCUUCAACAAGCUGUUGUAGUACCAUAGUGGUGAAAAUUAAACUGCCUGAUACAAACCCUUCUGAAAUUCAAAUUGAUAUCCAAGAAACUCUCCUUGAUCUUCGCACUCCUAAAAAGAAGCUGAUAGUAAACUUUCCCCAGCCCGUGGAACGUAACAGCGCUAAAGCAUCCUAUAUCCAGGAAUCUGAAACACUUGAAGUCAGGAUGACUCUGCAAAGAGAUUUUGAUUUCAGUCUUUCCUGA